AUGCCCGGGCACAGGGGCACGGCGGAGCCGGAGGAUGCCGAUGAUAGCAGCUCCACGGAUUUAUCACUUGGCCAGGCAACAACUGGCGGCGGCAAGGCACGCCUGGACAGCCUGCGCGAGAAUCUGUUCAAGCAGCAGGAACGUCUCACGGCGUUGCGUGAGCGCGCGCUGCGCAAGUCCGAGGAUGGCUCGGCUCCAAGCAAGUCCAGCCUAAGCGAUUCUAUGGAAUCUGUCAAGUCGCUGGGCCACAAACUGACCAUGCUGAAGGGCUCGCCCGGCCAGCAGCAGCAGCAGCUGCUGUCCGGCCUGGCGGCACAGGAUGCAUCCACGCCGCUGGCCACGCCCACCAAGGCUGGCGACCAGCUGGAGUACAGCGGCAGCGAGAAGCUGCAAAUGCUGAAUCAGCGCACCGAACAGAAUCGUGCGCUGCUUGAGCAGCGCAAACGUGACAUGGCCAAGUCGCUGCAGUCCGUCAAGACGGGCCUCCGGCAGAGCACCAGCAGCGAGUUGGGCUCCUCGAUGAGCGAUCUGCGCGCCGCGGCAGCAGCGCCCGUGUCGCGGCAUCGUUCCGCGGCCGAUCUGCAGCAACAGCAGGCGGCACAGGCGCAGACACAGCCGGCCAGCGAGGAGGGUCGCCUGAAGCUGCUCAAGAACAAGAUGAAGCUGAUCGAGAUGAAGCAGGGCCGCAAGGAGCAGGAGUUGCAGCAGGAGCUGCACGAGCUGCGCCACGAACUGGCACAGCGCGAACAGCACAUACAACAGCUGGAGGCAAGCGAACGCCCGCUGGCCGAGCAGGAGAACGGGCGCCUUCACGCCGAGAUCGAGCAGCUGCGCGCCCGCAACGCCGAGCUGGAGCACAGCAGCGAUAUGCUAGAGACGCUGCGUCUCGAGUUGCACAGCGCACGCGAGCAACUGCUCGAGCAGCAGCAGCAGCAGGAUCAGAGGCCGGUCUCAGACUCAACCGAUGCGCAGGUCAACGUGGAGCUGGCCAAGCAGCUGCAGGAGCUGCAGCAACAAUUGCUGGAGCUGCGCAGCAGCAGUCACGAGGAGCAGGAGCAGGUGUCCAGUCAGGCAGGCAGCAGCGAAACGCAGCGCCUGGCCGAGCUGGAGGCGACCAUCGAGGCGCAAAACGAGCAGCUGGCGGAGAAGACCACCGAGCUGAAUGUGCUCAAUGUCAAUCUGCGCGUGCUCGAGGAGCGGCUCGCCCAGAGCGUCAAGAGCAAGCCCCUGUUCCUGGACGAGGAACCGGCCAGCGAGCAGCUGCAGCAGCAGCAGCUCAAGCAGAAGCUGGACGAGUGCAACAAGAGCAACAUCAAGCUGAAGCUCAAGUGCAAGCAAGCCGAGAAGCAGCUGCAGCAGCUCCAGAGCCAGGAUGCGCAGCAGCAGCUGCUGCGCUUGACAGCUGAGAAUGAGCAGCUGCAGCAGCGCAUUACGGUGCUCGAGGAUGAGAAGGGCCAGUGGCAGCUGGCCCAUGUCGAAGAGGAACAGCUGGAGCCGGAGCAGCUGGCGAGCAAAGCCACGCCCACAGCUGGCCAAAGCGAGACUAUACGCCUGCUGGAGGAGCAAAAGGAGGAGCUGCAACAGGCGCUGGCAGCGCUGCAAAUGGGCAGCGCCGCGGCACGCGUCGAGUCCGAGCUGAGCGAGGUGCAGCUAGAGGAGCAGCUGUCGCAGCGCGUGCAACAGCUGGAGGCGGAGGCGAACGAGCAGCGCCAACAGCUGCAGACGCUGCAAUCCGAGAAGGAGGCGCUGGACAAAAAGCUCAGCCACUACAUCAACGAGAACAUGGAGCUGCUGGACAAGCUGGAGAAGCUCAGCUCCUCCAGCUCCGCGGAGUCCAUUGAGAUUGUCGAACGACCCACAGACAGACGCUUCAGCCAACGUCCGGGUGAUCCGGCUGCCGUUGCAGAUGUAGCCGGAGCCGGAGCUGCAACUGAUGCUGAAGCUGGACAACAGACAGCCGCUGCGCCCGCCCGGCUGCCCAGCUUUGUGAGCGAGCUGACCCAAACGGAUCUGGUGGCAGCGCCCGAGCUGGAGGUCAACGAGAGUCUCGCCCAGCUGCGCAACGAAAGCGACGAACUGCUCCAGAAGAUUGAGCUCUUCACCAGCGAGCGGCGCGAGGUGCUCGCCAAAAUGGAGCAGCUGCAGGCGCAGAAUGUCCAGCUCCAAGCCCAGCUGCAGGCGUCGCAGGAGCAGCAGCAGGCGGCCCAGGAGCAGCAGCAGGCGGCCCAGGAGCAGCGGCGGGCGGCCCAGGAGCAACUGCAGUCGGAUCGUGCCCAACUGAAGGCGGCGCAGGAGCAGCUGCAGGCGGAGAAUGGCUCGCUGCAGGCACAGCUGGAGGAACUGCAGCGGGAUAAGCAACAGCUCUCGCUGCAGCUCAGCGAGAAAUCGAAUCUCUCGCAGGAGCUGAGCUCCAUGCAGCGCUCCUCGGAGGUGGUCGCCGCCCUCGACUGCGGCGCAGACGGCGCCGCGCUCUUUGACAAAUGCGAACGUUCCCUGUCGAAGCUCAGCUCCGAGCUGGAGGCCUAUCGCAAGGCCAACGAUCGCAAUGCCAAGCUGAACGUGUCCAAGAAACUGGCCAAGGAGGCCAAGAAUGUGCACAGCCAGCUCUCGGAGUUGUUGCACAAGGUGAAGGAGGCCAGCACCGCGGUGGAGACGGUCACCGUCGUCGAGACCGUUGUCGCCGUCACCGCGCCCAAUGGCAAAGCUCUCGCGGAAUACGAGCAGCUGAACGCACAGAAUGCCGAGCUAAAGGCCACGCUGGCGGCGCUCCAGGCGGAGCUGGCCGAGCUGCGCGACAGCUGCGAGCCGACGGAGCUGUCCAAACGGGCAAUAGGCCACAAGCUUGAGGAGGACUGGAAGGAAAAGGAAAGGGAGCGAGAGCUGGAACGGGAAUCCCUCAUGGCGGAGCAGGAACAGCAGCUGGCCCAGCUGCAGUCGAUCAUCGCGGAGUUGCGCGCCGGCGAGACGGAGCACCUGCAGCUUAUAGCCAGCCAGAGCGCAGAGCUGGUGCAGCUGCAGCUGCAGGCGGAGCAGUUCGAUCAGUCGCUGAACAAAAGCGAAAUGGCAUACGAGAAGCACAUGGAGCAGCAGCAGCGGCUGCGCCGCGAGCUGCAGUCGCGCAUCGAGACGCUGGAGGGGGAGCAGAGCAUACUGCAGGCCCUGGUCGCCGAGCAGAAGCAGCAGCUGAUCGAGAGCUACAGCGAGAGCGAAUACGAGACGAACCUGAAGCUGCUGGAGCUGCAGCAGUGCCAGCAGGAGCUGGAGCAGAGCGAGACGCGCAACAAGGAGCUGCGCGAGAAACUGAAGAAAUAUGCUUUGAAUCUGAAGAAGCGGCAGGUGGAGCACACGGAGCUGCAGGAACAGCUGCACAGGGAGCAGGCAACCACGACGGAGCUGCGCGAGCAAGUGCAGCGCCAGCAAGCGGAGCUGGAGCAGGCGCAGCAACUGGCCGAGCAGGCACAGCAACAGGCCGAGCAGGCACAGCAACAGGCGGAGCAGGCACAGCAACAGAUGCAGCAGGCCCAGCUGGACAGCAAGGAGCUGCAGCAGCAGCUGCUCAAGCAACAGCCCAAGCUGGCCAAGCUCAAGGAGGAGGUGGAGCGGCUUCAGGUCGAGCUGCAGAAUACGGUGCACGCUAACACGGCGCUGCGCCAGGAGAGCUACCAGCUGGAGCUCUCGCUCGCCGAGCAGACUAGCAACGAGGAGCUGCGCCGCCAGCUGGAGCAGAAAUCGGUCAAGUUCGACAAGUCCAAGGAGGUUAUCAAGCAGCGCAACGCCACCAUCCAGAGCCUGCAACGGGAGCUGGCCGAGCUGCGCGCCCAACUGCAGGCCCAGCCCGAGGAGACGGAGGCGGAUCUGGAGCAGCAAGCGCAGCAGAAGGCGCAGGAGGAGUCGCUGCACUUGCUCAAACUGCAGCUGCAGCAGCUGCAGGCACAGAACGUUCAGCUCACGGAGGACAAGCUUAACUUUGAGCUGGCCUACGGCCGGCUGGAGACAUUGCACGCGGGCAUCGAGCUCAAGCUGCAGCAGGAUCAAUCCUACAUCGAGACGCUGGAGGCACAAAAUGCGGAUCUGCAGAGCAAGUGCGCAGCACUGGAGGAUAAGGCCGCGGUGCUGCAGGCGCACGAGCUCAGCGCCAAGGAGCAGCGGCAGCAGCUCGAGCAACAGCUGCAGCAGCUGGAAACGGAGCGGGCGGAGCACGAGGCGAAGCUGGACGCACGCCUGCAGCAGCUGACGGAGCGCGAGCAGAGCCAAAGCCGGCAGCUGCAGCUGCUCGGCAGCGAGGCGCAGGUGGCGCGCGAACAAAUGCUGGCGCUCCAGGCCGCGCACGACGCGCUGCUGGCGCGGCACAAGCAACAGACGCAGCAGAUGCAACAGCUCGAGACGGAGCGCAAGCAGCUGGCCAGCAGCGGGGAGCAGGAGUUACAGGAGCUGCGCACGCAGCUGGAGACGCGCAACCAGGAGCUGCAGCGCCAGCGCCAGGUCUACGACGCCAAGCUGGCGGCCAAGGCCAGCGAGCUGGACGAGCUCGAGUGUGAUCUGAGCGCUCACAUGGAGCGCGCCAAUGCGCAGACGCGUGAGCUUACCCAGCAACUGGAGCGUGCCCAGGAGCAGCUGCAGCAGCGCGACGAGCAGCUGGCCAACCUCAACGUGGACCUCAGCGAGCUGGAGCGCGAGCGGCUGCUCGAGCAUCAGGAGCUGCGUGAGGUACAGCAGCUGCGCUUGCAGUCCAACCAGGAGUUGCGGGCGCUGCAGCAACAGAUCGCCGAGCUGGGCACGCACAACCAAACCGACGAUCAGGUUGAAAUCGAGACGGAGACGAAUCGCCUCGUCGAGAAGCUGGCCGAGAUCGAUAAGCAAACCGAGCUGCUCACACGCCACCAGCCAGCUCCAGCUCCAGUUCCGGCUUCAGCGGCAGCUGACGAUUGGAUGGCCUGGUCACGACCUGAUCCUGUCCCAGUUCCUGCUCCUGGUCCUGGCCAAAUGGCGCUCACGGAGCAGAAUGUGCCAUUGCCCGCGCCCGCCAUGUUCUUUGGUGGCGACGUGGCGGCAGCGCCCUCGCCCUUCGAUGAGAUUGUUGCCCAACCGUUGAGGAUGAGCACACAGAAUGUGGGCGUGGCACAGCGUGAGUCGAACGAAGCGAGCAUCGAGAAACUGCAGCGCAAUGUGUCCGACCUGGAGAAGCACGCCAAGGAGCUAGAGACGCAGCUGCUGGCGCGCAACCAGGCGCUGGCCGAGCACGAGGAGCGACGCGUCCAACUGGAGCGCGCGCUGGCCGAACGCGAACAGGAGCUGGCCCAGCUGCGCGCCGCGGCCGAGGAACGCGAACGCCUGGCGGCCAUCGAGCAGCUAAUACAGCCAACGGCUGGCGCGGCUGUGGCGCCCUCUCUGGACAUGUUCUUUGGCGGCGAGACGGUGCCAGAUGCAGCCGUUGCCAGCUUCCAGCAGGAGCUGGGUCUGCCGCAGAGCGAGCCCGUUGUGGAGCCCCCGAUUGUGCCAAAGAAGGCGUAUCUCUGUCAGCCAGAGCAGGAGGAGCAGGCGCAGCAGCCGGCCAGCGACUGGCCUGUGGACGUGGACGAGGAUCCGUGGGCCAAUGCAGGAGCCGAGCAGCAGCUGACAGAUGCCACCGCAGCGCUGCACGCGCGCAUCGAGGAGCUGGAGGCGCAGAAGGCGAAGCUGCAGACGAAGACUGCGAAGCUGAUGAAGUGCGUCAAGGAGUACCGCAGCAAGGAGCAGCAGGAGCAGGCGCGCAAGGACAACAACAACGACCUGGACGGCGCCAUCAUCGACGAGCUGAAGCUGCAGCUGCAGCUGCAGGAAACGCGUCAGGCCAAGACCGAGGAGCUGCUCCAGCAGCAAACGCUCGAAAAGGAGAAGCUAGUGAAGCGCAUCGAUGUGCUCACCGCCGGCAACGAACGCAUGGCCGAGCUAAAGGAGCGCCAGGACCGCGAGGUGCAGAUGUAUCAGACGCGCAUACGUGAGCUCCAGCAGAAGCUGCAGCAGCUCGAGAGCUGGGAUGAGGUGGCAGCCACGCCCACUGCGCCGACCAGCGGCGACGAUGCGGCAGCGGCGGCAGCAGCGCGUGCGACCAUUGAGAAACUGCAGGCCGAGAACCAGGAGCUGAACAGCGAGUGCCAGGAGCUGAACAGCGAAUGCCAGGAGCUGUUGGCACAGCUGCAGCAGGAGAAGCAGCGGGCGCAGCGCGAACAGGAACAGCUGCAGGCACAGCUAGAGGCACACGAUCAGCAGGCGGAGCAGGUGAAGCAGCAGGCGGAGCUCGAGAAGCAGCUGGCGGAGCAGGUUAAGCAGCAGGCGGAGCAGCAAGUGGAGCAGAAGGUAGAGCAGAUAAAGCAACAGGCGGAGCAAGAGAAGCACCAAGUGGAGCUCGAGAAGCAGCAGGCGGAGCAGGAGAGACAACAGGCGGAGCACGAAAAGCAUCAGGCGGAGCAGGAGUGCCAGCAGCUGCAGCUGCAGCUGGCCGAGCUCAGAGCCAAGCAGCUGGAGCUGCCGGCGAUGGUAACGGCGCCGCCAGCGACUGCACCCAGUGAUGAGAGCCGGGCUCUGCUGCAGGAAAAGGAAUCAGAAAUUGUGCAUCUCAAGCAGCGCAUCGAGGAGCUGAUGCGCGAGGAUCAGACCGAAAAGCUGGUGCUGGAGAUUCUAACCAAGAACCAGGAGCUGCAGCUGCUGCGCAUGCAGGUCAAGCAACUGGAGGAGGACAAGCUGGAGCAGCAGCAGCAGGCCAACCAGGCCAAUCAGGCAGCUGUGCCCGUGGAGGAGCUGGAACAGCUGCGUCGGCAAUGCGAACAGCAGCAGCAGGAGAAGUCCGACAUGGAGGAGGAGCUGCGCGUGCUCAACAAUCAUGUGCUCAACAGCCUGGAGCUGGAGGACAAAAUGAAGCAAGCCGUGCUCGAGCUGGACACCAAAACGAUUGAGAUAACCGAACUCCGCAAAACCCUAGACCAGCUCCAGCAAAAGGAGGUGCAACAGGUGCAGCCCCAGCCUGAUAUCGGCGCACUGAACAAGCAGUGGGAGGCGCUGGUGGAGCAAAAGUGCAGCGAGGUGGCCAGCAUUUGGCAGGAGCAUCUGGCGCAACGCGAGGCCGACUACGAGGCGAAGAUCGAACAGCUGAAGGCGGCAACAGCAUCCCCGCCAGAAACAACGGAGCAGCUGGCACCAGCACCAGCACCAGUAGACGCCACGACGACGGACGUCGGCGAGAUGCUGCUAAAGAUGCAGCGGGCGCUCGAGACGCAGGAAAUGGAGAUCGUGACAUUAAAGGAACAGCUGGCCAUACGUUCCGCUGAAUAUGCACGUCUCGCCUCACAGUACGAUCCCUUCCGGCUGCAGAAUACGCUCGGCGGCAAUCCGAGCGGACCGACGGGCAGCGGAUCGGAUUCGCUCGGACCCGCGGGAGAGUAUGUGCCCAAAUCGGAUCUGGACUAUGCGCUCAUGAUGCUGCAUCAGCGCGAUAUGCGCGUCGAGGAGAUGAUCGUUGAGCUGGUGCAGCUGCUCGAGGAGCGCGAUCAUCUGCAGCUCAAGCUCUCGGACACGCUGCGCCAACUGGAGGCCGAGCGCACUGGCGCACCCUUCUCCAACUCGCCGGCGGCAGCGACGACGACGACGACGACGACGGCCUUGGUCAGCCCCAACCAGCUGAGCGUCAGCAGCAGCAGCAGCGGCGCCGAUCUCGCCGUGUCCCCAGCUGCCAGCGGCAGCGAUCUGAAGCAGAAAUUGGCCGAGCUGCAAACGGUGAAGCAUUCCAAGGACAAGGCAAUUGUGGACGAGCGCGAGCAGCGUCUGCAGCAGAUGAUUCAGCUGCAGCGUGACAUGGCGAAGGCAGCGCCAGCAACAGGAGCAGCUGCAGCAGCUGGCACGGCUCCAGCUCUGCCUACUCCUACUCCUUCUGCUCAGCUCGAUGUCGAUCCAACUCAACCUGCGCUGCGCUCCCCUUCCAUGCUGCUUAUGGACUGGAUAUUGGGCAAUAACAAGAGCGAGGACGAGGCGACGCCCGGCCCAUCCCAGCCGCAGCCGUCGCAUCCGCCGGCGAGCAACUAGCAGCUCGCCAAGCGUCGCCAGCGUUGCGCCCAGUUGACUGCCGCGAAAUAAUUAUCGAUUUAAACAACUAGCAUUAGAGUUCUAUAUUGUGUACCUUGGCUGAAUGUAAAAUGUAAACGAAGAGAAACAGAAAAGAAAAGCAGAAAAGAAAAACAGAAAAACAGAAAAAGAAAAACAACAACAAAAUAUUACAAACUAUUCCCGAAUUGAGGCCCGCCACGCCCACGUUUUAUGUUGUAGAUAUGUAAAAAUUGUAAAAAAAAAAACAAAAAUAAGAAACAUAAAAACGAACGUAAAUAAUAUUUAAA